AUGUCUUUUUCCAGAGAUAAGAAAAAUGUAGAUAGUAAGCCUAUCCUCAAGGAAUUAUUGUACGGAAGAACACGUAUUUAUACCGCACUUCCACCUGGCUCUUCCCAUUCUCCAACAAGUUCUAAAUCUUCACCGACUGCGUCUUCGUCUCCGCUUUAUUGGCAAUGGCAAACUACAACUUCAAGUACUGGGGUUCCGGAAGAAAAGAGUAAGGUACUCAGUUUUAUUGGAAGUAUCAAGCAAAGCUUGAGUGCCAUGUUUCUUCCAGUUGG